CACGCGUACACCGCCGCGGCCUUGGUGGAGUACGAAUGGCCACGGCUGCUGAAGUCGUUUCGGGAGAUCUAUUUGAACGGAGACGGACGCAAAAGCGACACUGACACAAUUCGGAACGCGAAGGAGCUUGACCCGCGCUUGUACUACUACAGCCCCGACCACCACCUCUUCUACCUUGACUACGAGAAGGUUCUGCAAUUCGAAGCUCUUGCUCCCCUGCACGCCUCCGCAGUGCGAAGUGUUGAACACGGCACAAGUUCUGCAGCCGCGUCCUCGCACAACCAGGAAACCUCCGCACCACGGAGUGUUGAUGAUGAACAGGGCACAACUACAGCUGCGUCCUCGACGCAGGCUCCGCCGCAUGAUCCUCCGCGUCGCCGCGCCUUCCGAUGCCACGCGCAUGAAAUCACGCCCGAUGUUGAGAUCCGCGUGCGCGCCGCCGUAGAAAAAGUGGUACGCGCGCAGUACGAGGAAGCGCUGUUCAGCGGAAGAGGAGCGGACGCUUCAGUGGGGAGGGCGAUCGAUGACGAAAUUGAAACGUUGGUGGACGACUUAACCUGGCGCAAGGACGAAUAUUUCGAGCUGUCCCCCCUGCCGGAAAA